UGGAGACGUGGUGGGACAGGAAGCCUUCCCCCUUCUCUCUCUCUCCCGCAGUUGGACCACCAUGGCCACCCUGCGGUCGUCGUCCUCCCAGUCCCAUAGCUCCUCCUCCCCGAGCAGCGGGUCCUCCCCGCUGCGCAGAGCUGUGGGGACUGGGCCGAGGAGCAUGUCUGCGUCUUCUAGUUCGUCUGUCGCUGUGCCCUGCGAUGACAGGGACUCGGACCAGACAUCGGAGGGGGAUAGUGAAUCUUUGUCAGCUGGUGAAGGCAGUGACUUCGAAGACAACUUGAGACGAAAUGUAAAGAAGAGAGCAGCAAAACGACCACUGAAAACAUCCCCAGUGGCAAAACGUCCAAAGAAGGGGUCCCAAAUGGUACGUGCUCAUGGUCAGAAAGAGUCAGAGCCACCAGCCAGUGAUCUCUUUGAUGCUGUGAAAGCUGCCAAAAGUGACAUGCAGUCUUUGGUAGAUGAGUGGCUGGAUAGCUACAAGCAAGACCAGGAUGCAGGAUUCCUGGAGCUCAUUAACUUUUUCAUCCGAUCAUGUGGAUGUAAAGGCACUGUGACCUCUGAGAUGUUCAAGAAGAUGUCCAACUCGGAGAUCAUCCAGCACCUAACAGAACAGUUUAAUGAGGACUCAGGAGACUAUCCUCUGAUAGCUCCAGGCCCAUCCUGGAAGAAGUUCCAGGGCAGCUUCUGUGAAUUUGUGAGGACGUUGGUCUAUCGGUGCCAGUAUAGCCUCCUCUAUGAUGGCUUCCCUAUAGACAACCUCAUCUCUCUGCUCACUGGCCUCUCAGACUCCCAAGUCCGUGCCUUCCGUCACACUAGCACCCUGGCUGCCAUGAAGCUGAUGACCUCCUUGGUAAGAGUUGCCUUCCAACUGAGCCUGCACAAGGACAACAAUCAACGUCAGUACGAGACUGAACGAAACAAGGGGCCAGGACAGAGAGCACCUGAGCGACUGGAGAGCCUGUUGGAGAAACACAAAGAGCUCAAAGAGCAUCAAGAGGAGAUUGAGGGAAUGAUGAAUGCCCUCUUCAGGGGUGUCUUUGUACAUCGGUACAGGGAUGUCCUUCCUGAGAUCCGUGCUAUCUGCAUUGAGGAGAUUGGGUCUUGGAUGCAAAGCUACAGUACCUCUUUCCUCACUGACAGCUAUUUAAAAUAUAUUGGCUGGACCCUGCAUGAUAAGCAUCGAGACGUCCGUCUGAAGUGCUUGAAGGCUCUAAAAGGGCUGUACGGCAACCGAGACUGGACUGCACGCCUGGAGCUCUUUACCAGCCGCUUUAAGGACCGGUUGGUUUCCAUGGUCAUGGACCGAGAGUAUGACGUGGCAGUGGAGGCCGUCAGGUUACUAACACUUAUCCUUAAGAACAUGGAAGGGAUGCUGACAGAGGCAGACUGUGAGAGCAUCUACCCUGUUGUGUAUGCCUCUAACAGAGCCCUGGCCUCUGCUGUGGGGGAGUUUCUGUACUGGAAGCUUUUCUGCCCUGAGUGUGAGACAAGAACGGUGGGUGAGAGAGAGCGACGCCGAAGUCCACGCUCCCAGAGGACUUUCUUCCACCUUCUGCUGUCCUUUUUUGUGGAGAGUGAGCUCCAUUACCACGCUGCAUACUUAGUAGACAGCCUGUGGGACUGUGCGGGGCCUCAGCUGAAGGACUGGGAGAGUCUGACAAGCCUGCUGCUGGAGAAGGACCAGAGUGUGUGCCACCUGGUAGCCAGGGGAGGGGACCUCUCAUCUCCUAGUAGGAAACCAGGAGAGAUUUCUCUCCUGACUUGUGAAAGGCAUAGGUGUCAUGGGCGGUGGGGCGGUGGGGUCCUUGGAGAUGGAGGGUGGCCACCCUGUGAUUCUGUUUUCCAUCCUCCUGCCACCUCAGACCUGGGCGACGUACAGGAGAGCACACUGACAGAAAUCCUUGUGUCCAGUGUCCGGCAAGCUUCCGAGGGUCACCCGCCUGUGGGGCGGGUCACGGGGAGGAAGGGCUUAACACCCAAAGAACGUAAGAUCCAAGCCGACGACAAGGUGAAGCUGACUGAGCACCUCAUCCCCCUGCUCCCCCAGCUCCUGGCCAAGUUCUCAGCUGAUGCAGAGAAGGUUGCUCCCCUGCUGCAGCUUCUCAGCUACUUUGACCUCAACAUCUACUGCACCAGGCGCUUGGAGAAACACCUGGAGCUGCUCCUGCAGCAGCUCCAAGAGGUGGUGGUGAAGCACGCAGAACCAGCGGUGCUUGAGGCUGGUGCUCAUGCCCUCUAUCUGCUCUGUAAUCCGGAGUUCACGUUCUUCAGCCGGGUGGACUUUGCCCGCAGCCAACUUGUGGAUCUGCUGACUGACCGCUUCCAGCAGGAGCUUGAAGAGCUGCUGCAGUCUUCCUUCCUAGAUGAGGAUGAGGUGUACAGUCUGGCAGCCACCCUGAAGCGCCUCUCUGCCCUCUACAAUGCCCAUGACCUAACUCGCUGGGAGCUCUAUGAGCCCUGCUACCGACUCCUCCGGAAGGCUGUGGACACAGGAGAGGUUCCUCACCAGGUGAUCUUACCAGCCUUGACUCUUGUCUAUUUUUCCAUUCUCUGGACACUAACCCACGUUUCUGGAUCAGGUGCUUCCCAGAAGCAGCUGUUGAAUUUAAAGGGCAGGAUGGUGGCCUUCUGUGAACUCUGCCAGAACUGCCUCUCAGAUGUGGAUCCUGAGAUUCAGGAGCAGGCUUUUGUAUUGUUAAGUGAUCUGCUGCUCAUCUUUGGCCCUCAGAUGAUUGUCGGGGGACGAGAGUUCCUUAGGCCCCUUGUCUUUAUUCCUGAAGCCACUCUCCAGUCUGAGCUGGCCAGCUUCCUCAUGGACCACGUCUUCAUCCAGCCUGGAGGAUUGGGCAGUGGUCAUUCCCAGGAGGAUCAUUUACAGAUAGAGCAGCUGCACCAGCGGCGCCGCCUCCUGGCUGGGUUCUGCAAGCUGUUGCUUUAUGGGGUGCUGGAGAUGGACGCAGCCUCGGAUGUUUUCAAACACUACAACAAGUUCUACAAUGACUAUGGUGACAUUAUCAAGGAAACGUUAACUAGAGCAAGGCAGAUUGACCGAAGUCACUGUUCCCGAAUCCUGCUGCUGAGCCUCAAGCAGUUAUACACAGAACUGCUGCAGGAACAGGGGCCCCAGGGCCUGAAUGAGCUUCCAGCCUUCAUCGAGAUGAGGGACCUGGCCAGGAGGUUUGCCUUGAGCUUUGGACCCCAGCAGCUACAGAACCGUGACCUUGUGGUCAUGCUACACAAGGAAGGCAUCAGGUUCUCCUUGUCUGAGCUUCCUCCAGCUGGCUCCUCCAGUCAGCCCCCAAAUCUGGCAUUCCUGGAGCUCCUUUCAGAGUUCUCCCCCCGACUCUUCCAUCAGGACAAGCAGCUGCUACUGUCCUACCUGGAAAAGUGUCUGCAACGUGUCUCCCAGGCACCUGGCCGUCCCUGGGGUCCAGUCACCACCUACUGCCAGUCCCUCAGCCCUGUAGAGAGUACAGCAGAGGCCAACCCUCAGGGCUACCCCCGCUCCAAGAAGAGGCGCAUUGAAGGCCCCUCCAGGCGGCACAGAGAGGACAUCUCUGCAUCACAGGAGGAAAGCCUACAGCUGAACAGUAUCCCACCCACACCCACCCUCACCUCAACGGCUGUGAAAAGUAGGCAGCCCCUGGGGGGAUUGGAAGAGAUGGAAGAAGGCGGCGGCUCAGAAUUGGCAUUUACCCAAGGCCAGCCCCUUUUAGGUGCCCAGAGGUUAAGGUCCUCGAGUCCACAGCAUUUCCAGACUCCACUCAACUCUUUGGGUCCUGGUCUGGGCAGCCGGCUGACCCGGCUCAGCCUGAUGGAAGAGGAUGUAGAAGAAUUAGAAAUUCAGAAUGACUCAAGUGAAGAGUGGCAAGGUACAGGCAAGCAGUCUUCCCCCAGUGAGCACGGGCUGGACCUCUUAGAUUUUACAGAGCUGAACACUGAGGUGAGCGUCCCCAAAACAGACUGGAAGGCAGGUUAAGAGGAGUUGUGCAUCCUUGGGAGAUGCUGGCAGGUAGCACAUGUGCCUGUCAAGUAGGUGGAAAGAA